AUGUAAUAACAGAAUUACUACACAGCAGAACAACUGGCUUAUUUAAUUGACAAUGUGGAACUAGGGGAUAAUACUGAUCAUCUAAAGAAGUUGGCAGAUAGAAAAAUGAUUAGAUAAUCAAACUCUUAAUACAAAUUGUAGGAUGAUAUCAUUAGAGAAUAAUAUCAAUAAUCUCAUUAAUAUUAAGAGAAGAUUUUGAAUACUUAUAGAUUAUUACAAGCAUUUACCCAUCCGAAUAUUAGUUAAUUGCUUUUUGAAUAAUUUGAUGACGAGUACUUAAUUAUUUAAAAUACAGCUGAAUAAUGCAUUGAAUGGUUUUAUAGAACUGACAACAAGGAAUAUAUUUAAGUGAUACUCGAUAUCUUCAAUUUACAAAAUGACUUUUAAGAAGCAAUAUAAAAAAAAAUAGUUAAAGACAUCAAAGCUAACCAUGGGAAAGUCUAUCUUGCUAUUAAACAUUUAUCAGGGAUUUUGGAAGACGCUUUUCUUAUAUCAAUCUAUCAAAACUUAAUCUUACAUUAUAGUUUUUGCUAUCUUUAUGAUUUCAAAAACUUUAACAGUAUCAUCGCUUCAAUCUAUGAGUUAACUGAUUCGAAAGUUUAAAUUGUCGAGUCAUAAUAUAUGGAAUCAUUAUAUGAAUAAAGAAUCUUAGUGUUUUAAGAACUAUUUAAGUUAGACAAAGAGCAACUCAAGAAUUGUAUACUCUAUUCAAAAGUGUAUUUGACACCUAAGUUGCAAUUUAAUCAAAUGUUUCAAGAAAGAAUCAACAAGGACUUUAAUGUUUAAGAGAUAAAUAUAAUAGAUAAUUUAAAAUAAGAAAUCAUUUUGUCACUACCUCAAGUUCCAAAGAAUGUCUUGGUUGAGUAAUUUAUUGGAACAAUUGCUUUGAAUUACAAAGAUUUAGUUAAAUAUAUUGUAGAUGUAUAUUUGGACAAAUUGAUCUUAGAGUAAAAUUCAAAAUAUGUGUAAUGUUUAUUAAAUUUUAUAUCUAAUCCAGAGUUGAAAUCACUCUUUUAUUAGAAUAAUAAGAAGAAACCCUUGUUGAGAGAGACUUUGAAUAUGUGCAUUGAGGAGAGAUUUCAAAAUUCAUUGAACAAUUAGGAAAUAAUUAAAUUGACAGUGAAAUGUAUUCACGAUCUAUAUAAAAAUGGAUUAAUGGCUAGACCUUAAUUAUUGAUAUAUGUAAAGUAACUGAUAAAGCAAUUGUGUACUUAACAUGCAAAUAAGCAGAUUAAUAUCAGAGAAAACAUGAUAUUCUCUGCAUUGACAGAUUUGUCUAAUGUUAUUGAGAGCUCUAAUAAGGUUAAAGAUCAUGAAGUAGUUAGCUUAGAAAGAGUACUGAAAGGGAUUAUUUAUUAAUAUCGAUUUAAUUGGUUUGAUAUUGACAAUCUUAUCACUUUUGAAAGCUUAAGUUUAAUUGUGAAAUUGAUAAAUAUGUAUAAUGAAAACUAUUGA